AUGCCGACACCAGUGUUACUUUCCAGAUCACUCGACCCAUUACUCGGAAUCUUUACAGGCGUCUUCGCUUUCUAUCUCCACCAGACAAACCCUCGCACAGCGCCUCCUGCCGGUGAAACGUUCAAAGACCUCGUGUGCUGGAAAAGAGACAAGUGGAAGGCUUCUCGUUCGAAAGUUUUCCAUUUGGAGAAAGAUUCUGAGGCAGAAGCAAUGCUAGCCACCCUCUUGAAGGAAGACAAGACUGGUGAACAGACUCAAUAA